GCAGACGCGUCCGUGAUCCGUCCGUCGCCCUCCCCUUCCUGCGCAAGCGUGCGCCUACCUGCAUCCGCUAUCCGUCGGCGAUGUCGGUGCCCCCCGCCGGCAAGCGCCAGGUGUCCCUGCGGGGCUCGAGCGCGAAGGAGAUCACACGCGACGCGCUGCUGCAGAAGGUUUCCGAGGAGCGCCAGCUCCGCAGCCACCUCCGCCGCGCCGCCGCGGCCGCCUUCUCCAUCCAGGUACCUCCCACCAGGUCGCCACCACCCAACCCCCUUUCUCCGCCUAUCGGUGUGUACCUACCUAACCAUCGGCCACGGGCCACCUACCAAUUCCUAUCUGAGCUCUAAAAUCCAUUUGCUCGCAUAACACGGAUUUUGCUUUCGAGUUUUCGGGUACUUCAGGGAGUGUCUGGGAUUGCUCCCGUUUCAGCUUGUGGAGCUAUAGUUUAUAAUAUAAAUUUAAAUAGUUUAAAGAUAUUCUUAAUUUCAACAAUAAACAAAAUGACUUAUGUAAAUGUUUUCUAAAAGUCUACAACUUUUAGCUCUACUGUUUUAUGGAGCACCGAAUGACACCAACUCCACUAAAUUUGCUGGAGGUAGAGCAGUCUCAAACAGAGCCUUGAUCGGCCUGUGAGCUCGUGGGUCGUUUCAAUGGUACACACGAUUUUGAUGUCUGUUUAAAGAGAAAGGGACGAUUGCAAUGGAUUAUGAGUAUGUCUUUUCUGUUCCAAUUUUGCACUAUGUUCUGCUCAUAGCCUUAUUCAUAUGAAAUUUUAUGGAGAACCCUUCACAUCUGCUACCAUUGGAUACGAGAUGAAUGUCCUAGAUUUAAAAUGUAGACAUGACCACCAUACACCUUUGGGCAUAGGAUACGAUGCCCUAAAAAUAACGUUAUUCAUAUUUUAGUGUGUUUGCUGUAUCACUUCUUGCACUCUAGCCCAACCCAACCAUGACAAGGCCUGCAGAAGCGCUCAUACCAGGACUGCGCCCAGAGCGGGUGUGUAACAUGUACCGGUCGGCCAGAACCCAGAAAGAGAGUGAGUAGACCGUGAAUCGCAAAAUGUAACCAACACUGAACUAUCUUAUUUCCCAACACGCAACAUGUCCUCACUGACACUCUGCUGCCGGAACUCUGAUCUCUAUUCCUCUGUUCUUCCUGCGAGGUUGCUAUUAAUCCUGGUAUCAAAGCCAUCGGUUCUCGGCUUCACGUUGGAUUCAGCAUCCUCUCACGACCACUACACCCAUCAUAAAUCAUGUGGUGCCAUGGCGCUGAACAUCAAACCCAGAUUGACAACUCUUACCGAAUGUCGGCGAAUAUGGAGAAGGUACCAUGUGAUAAGAAUGGUUUCAGAACAGCUCCAUGAAGACUGGGAACUAUUAAUGAACCAGCCUAACAUCGACUUGACUACUCAAUGGAUAUCCAAAAAGAUGCUUAGACCGUUUCUUUUCUUCAUUACUCAACCUUCUAGCUGGUAUAUUGGACAAUGGAGCAAGACUGUGGAAUCUAUCUUAACAUGCUUCAAGAUUAUCUUGAAUAGUAUAAAUUCAAUGGAUGCAAGGAAAAACUUCUGCUCCUUUGCUGUGGGUAUACCAGAAGAGAGAUCUAUUUGGCUUUAUCAGGCCAAAAAGCUGAUUUCACUGUGCUCUUCCAUUCUUGCCAGGUACGACCAUUCCUGUUGCAAGGAUGGAAGCAUAGUCGACAUGACUGCUAUUGCUAUGAGAUUGGCUGUCUCUCUAACUGAUUGCAAAACAUGGAAAAGUUUGAACAGUGAGAACACUAGCGCUGCAGAUGCUUCUGUACAGAGUUUGAUUGAAUUUAUUGGUACGUGCCAGAGUGGCAUGUAUAAUUGUGUUAGGCAAUAUAUAAAGUCUCUUGGUCCUCAUGUUACUUCAGCGAAGAAAAGUUCUGCAACUGCAACAGAUGAUGAUUUUCUUAUUACUGCUAGUGCAGUCACUUUAGCCUUGCGCCCAUUCGAUUCUAAGAAAGCAAAGGGCGGUGUUGAUCUGAAUGGUGCUUCAAAGAAAUACUUCACACUUAUACUUACAAUACCAGAUCUGUGCAAACGCAUGCCACCUCUUUUGUUACCUGCUCUUAAACAUUUUUCUGUGCUGCAACCGAGUCUCAAUAUUUUACUGAUCUCCAAGGAUAAAAUAUUUGAAGAAAUAAUAAAACUGGAACAGUCAGAGGUUUCAGCUAGUAUUAUUCCUUGUUCUGGUUGGGCUCUUGGAAAUAUAGUGAACUUAGCUACCAAUCAUGAUGACUUAUCCAAUUCAGGGUGUUUCAUUCAAGAGUUAGAUUUCUGCUUAUAUGUUGAUGUUAUUAAUUGUAUUUCUGAAAACUUACUGGAAAGUUUUGAGAAAAGCAAGGGAACGUCUCAAAAUGUUGGUAAUAUCACUUUCCAUGCCGACACAUCUGUUGCAGAGGAAGAGGAUACCAAUGACGACUGCAGAAUGAGAACAUUAUUUAUGGACCUUCUGAAGCCAAUUUACCAGCAAUGGCACCUUAGAAAACUUUUGAUGUUGGCAAAAGAGGAUUUUCCAUGCCGCAGGGCAACUGAUUAUGAUCCAAACUUGAAGAAUAUUCACUUUCGAAUCCUAAAGUUGUCAGAUGUUAUAUGCUUCUACUAUCACAUGCUUAGAAUUUUCUCAUCACUUAACCCUUCUAUCGGUGCAAUGCCUAUUCUCAACAUGCUUGCAUUCUCACCUGGAUUUCUAGUUGAUUUAUGGGAGGCACUAGAAAUGCCCAUUUUUGGUCCACCUAUCCAGAAUUCACAAGAAACAGGACACGAGAAACAGUUGGCUACAAGUAGUUCAGGUGUGCAAGUAUCCUCCAUGAGGCAAAGAAGGAAUGCCAAGGACACAGCAAACAGGUGGUCAAAUGUGCUCCAGAAGAUUACUGGAAAAUCCAAUGAUUCAGAGGAGGGCACUUUAUCUGAUAGUAUUUUAUUUUCUCAUGAGUCUAAUGAUGAUGCAUUAACUUCAUGGGAUAUUGAAGCCAUGAGACAUGCAUCUGAGGGUAUUGGAAAGGACUUAAUGUGCAUUAUGUAUCUUUUCUGUGCUAUAUAUGGACACCUAUUACUUGUGCUAGAUGAUAUCGAGUUUUAUGAAAAGCAGGUUCCUUUUACUUUAGAGCAGCAGCGGAAGAUUGCAUCAGCACUUAAUACAUUUGUAUACAAUUCUUUCAUUCAAAAUAGUGGAAGCUACAGCAAUCCUCUUGUGGAUGUAGCUGUCAGAUGUCUUAAUCUACUCUAUGAAAGGGACAGUAGGCAUAAGUUUUGUCCUAUUUCCUUGUGGUUGGCACCUGCUAGAAAUGGCCGAAUUCCAAUUGCUGCUGCUGCCAGGUCUCAUGAGGCAGCAUUUGGUAUUUUUCCAGGGAUUCCUCAUCGGAGCUCUGUACUUACCACAUUACCACAUGUAUAUCCAUUUGAAGAGAGAGUGCAAAUGUUUAGAGAAUUUAUUGAGUCAGACAAAGCAUCGAGAAGGGUUACUGGUGAAGUUUCUGGGCCAGGCCCGGGAUCGAUUGAGAUAGUUAUUCGUCGAGGCCAUAUAAUUGAUGAUGGAUACAGGCAGUUGAACUGCCUAAGAUCAAAGUUGAAAUCUUGCAUUCACGUGUCAUUUGUGAGUGAAUGCGGUCUUCCUGAAGCUGGUUUGGACUAUGGUGGUCUGUCAAAAGAGUUCCUAACAGAUCUCUCAAAGUCCGCUUUUAGUCCAGAGUAUGGACUAUUUUCACAAACAUCAGCAUCUGAUACUAGCUUAAUUCCCAGCAAUUCUGCUAAGCUUCUGGAUAACGGAAUUGAUAUGAUUGAAUUUCUUGGUCGAGUUGUCGGCAAAGCACUCUAUGAGGGGAUUCUGUUGGACUAUUCUUUCUCACCAGUAUUUGUGCAGAAACUUCUUGGACGGUAUAAUUUUCUGGAUGAACUAUCAACUCUUGAUCCCGAGCUUUAUAGAAAUCUUAUGCAACUAAAGCACUAUGAUGGAGAUGUUGAGGAUCUAUUUUUGGAUUUUACUGUAACUGAAGAGUUGGGUGGUAAAAGAAUCGUCCAUGAGCUUAGACCUGGUGGUAAAAAUAUAUCAGUGACGAACGAAAACAAGUUACACUAUGUUCAUGCAAUGGCAGAUUUCAAACUUAACCGACAGAUACUUCCAUUUGCAAACGCAUUUUAUAGAGGACUCAGCGAUCUCAUUUCACCAUAUUGGCUGAGCCUGUUUAAUGCAAAUGAAUUUAAUCAGUUACUUUCAGGCGGACUACAGGAUUUUGACGUUGAUGAUUUGCGGAACAACACCAAGUAUACUGGUGGUUAUACUGAGUCAAGUCGAACUGUUAAACUCUUCUGGGAGGUCAUCAAAGCAUUUAAGCCAACAGAGCGUUGUUUGCUCUUAAAGUUUGUGACAAGCUGUUCACGAGCUCCACUGCUUGGAUUCAAGUACUUGCAACCUUCUUUCACAAUUCAUAAGGUUCCAUGUGAUGUAACACUUUGGGCAUCAAUUGGAGGCCAAGAUGUAGAUCGUCUUCCAUCUGCUUCCACAUGCUACAAUACGCUCAAGCUUCCUACAUACAAGCGGUCAAGCACGCUAAGGAGCAAGCUGCUUUACGCCAUAAGCUCAAAUACUGGAUUUGAACUCUCGUAGAGGUAUAUUCAGUGGUUUUGUAACCCUGCUUUGGUUUUGCUGUGAAUAGAGGUAUAGCAAAAUUCGAUCGGAUGUACAAUUGCAUCUUGAUUAAUCGGAGUAACAGCUUCUAUGAAGGUAGCGCAAUGCAUAAAAAAUGUUUGUUUGGCCGGCGGGGCCGUU